CAGGCAUACAAAGACAGUCUCGAGGUCUUUGAGGCCCGAAUGACGUCAUCACGCGUCCCUCGGUUCCUCGGUGGGCAAAAACGUGGAGGACCUUACUUCAUGGUGAGUCGGGGAUCUGUGACCAGAAUAACCUGUCUACACAAAGAUCCACUGACAUACACUGACCUGUCAGCUUGACUACAAUGGAGUACAUGAAAGCUCCUGCCACAAGCAGCCAGGGGAAUAUCCUGUGCUGUACCUGUGGCGUUCCUAUUCCUCCCAACCCAGCCAACAUGUGUGUAGCCUGCCUGCGCACUCAGGUAGACAUCUCAGAGGGAAUCCCCAAGCAAGUCACAGUGCACUUCUGCAAGCAGUGUGAAAGGUACUUACAGCCUCCAACCACCUGGGUGCAGUGUGCCCUGGAGUCCAGGGAACUGCUGGCACUGUGCUUGAAAAAAAUCAAGAGCUCAAUGACCAAAGUGCGUCUUAUUGACGCUGGCUUCCUGUGGACAGAGCCACACUCCAAAAGGAUUAAGAUGAAACUGACCAUACAGAAAGAGGUGAUGAAUGGCGCUAUCCUACAGCAGGUGUUUGUGGUCGAGUUUGUCAUCCAGUCCCAGAUGUGUGACGACUGCCACCGUGUGGAAGCCAAAGACUUCUGGAAGGCCGUGGUGCAAGUUAGGCAGAAGACUGUUCAUAAAAAGACAUUCUACUAUCUAGAGCAGCUGAUCCUCAAGCAUAAACUCCACCAGAAUGCCCUGAACAUCAAAGAAAUCCAUGAGGGGAUUGAUUUCUACUAUGGCUCCAAGCAGCACGCUCAGAAGAUGGUCGACUUCCUCCAGUGCACCGUGCCCUGCAGGUCAAAGACAUCCCAGCGCCUCAUCUCUCACGACAUCCAUUCGAACACGUACAACUAUAAGAGCACCUUCUCUGUGGAGAUAGUGCCUGUCUGCAAGGACAAUGUCGUGUGUCUCUCACCACGUCUGGCCCAGAGCCUGGGGAACAUGGGUCAAGUGUGUGUGUGCGUCCGUGUCACCAGCACCAUCCACCUCAUCGAUCCAAACACCCUACAGAUUGCUGAGGUGGAUGGGAACACAUUCUGGCGCAACCCCUUCAGCAGUCUCUGUAACCCACGGCAACUGGAGGAGUUCAUUGUUAUGGACAUUGACAUCAUCAGAGACCAGAAGCUGGGUGCCGGAGCAGGCUUGAGGUCCAAUAAGCACACCCUGGCCGAGGUGUGGGUUCAGAAAACAUCAGAGAUGGAUACCAGUCAGCAGUAUCACUGCCGAACAUUCCUGGGCCACCUGCUCAACAUUGGAGACCUGGUGUCGGGCUUUGACUUUGCCAAUUCCAACAUCAAUGAUGAGUACCUGAAUAAGAUGAACCCUCACCAUGUUCCUGAUGUGGUGCUGAUCAAGAAGAGCUACGACCGCAGCAGGAGGGUGAAGCGCAGGAACUGGAAACUACAGGAGAUUUCCAGAGACCGUGAUGGCAUGGACACAGAUGAUGAGAGACAAUACCAGGAUUUCCUGGAGGACCUAGAGGAGGAUGAGGCUCUGAGGAAGAAUGUCAACAUCUAUAGAGAUGACUCAAAGAUCCCAGUGGAGAGUGACACUGAUGAUGACGGAGCACCACGUAUCUCCCUGAUGGAGAUGCUGGAGGAGCUCAGCCUAUCAGACGCCACAGGAGGAGAGGGUGCCGACAUGAUGACAGACUAGCCAGUCGCCAUCCUGCCCGUGUGGCACUGACGGCUGAUCUGUCAAACACAGGUCCACUGAUGACACAGUGAUACAACUGCAGACCCGAUUUCGAACUUACAACAGAAUGAGGACUGAUUAAACCACUGAUAGAUCCACGGUUCCUCUGAGUGUGGUGUAACGACUUAUUACAGUUAAAAUCCAUAAACUGUGGGUUAUAACGGUGCCACUAAGUAACAAACGCGUUUCCUCCAAGAAACUGGACCUUCAGUUGUUUCAACUGAUCAUUUACUGGCCCUGCAAAAUUAACACUUUCCGCUACUUC